AUGUAAAACCUUGUUACUCGUUUUAUUAUGUUGUGUUUCCCAUUGAUUUAAUUAUUUCAGAAAAUUAUCCAUCAGAAGUGAAAAAACGACCUCUUGAAGACAAACAAUAUACUGAAGCCCCCAAAAGUGAAAAAAAAUAAGAAAGUUGAUAAAAAAGGAGAACCUGUGGAAGUUACAAAUGUGGCUAAAGAUAAUAGUGAAAAAGAAGAUACAAAGAAUGAUGACACAAAAAGCAAUACCAAUUCAGAUAAUCAAUUACUGGAUUCAACUAUAUGGCUAAGAAUUUUAUCAGAUCAGAAAUUUUCUGUAUUGGAACAAAACAUAUGUGAGUCUACUCUGAUGGGCGUCAAAGACAUGGGUUUCACUACUAUGACCGAAAUACAAGCUAAAGCUAUACCACCAUUGUUGGAAGGCCGCGACUUAGUUGGUGCAGCCCAAACUGGCUCUGGAAAAACACUUGCUUUUCUUAUACCUGCUAUUGAAUGUAUAUACAAAUUGAAACUUAAACCCAGCGAUGGCACUGGUGUCAUUAUUCUGUCUCCAACAAGAGAAUUAUCAAUGCAAACUUUUAGUGUUUUAACGGAGUUAAUGAAAUAUCAUCGACACACAUAUGGUUUGGUAAUGGGUGGUGCCAACAGAAGUAUAGAAGCUCAAAAGUUGUCACAGGGAAUUAACAUAUUGGUUGCUACACCUGGACGGCUAUUAGAUCAUCUUCAGAACACGCCAGAUUUUUUAUAUAAAAACCUUCAAUGCUUGGUUAUUGAUGAAGCUGACAGAAUACUCGAGAUUGGUUUCGAAGAAGAAGUAAAAGAAAUCAUAAAAUUAUUGCCCAAAAAUCGACAAACAAUGCUGUUCAGUGCUACGCAAACAAAAAAAACGGAAGCACUUACAGCAUUAGCGGUGAAACAGGAGCCGAUAUAUGUUGGUGUUGAUGACCAUAAAGAACAGGCUACAGUGGAGUCAUUAGAACAAGGUUAUAUUGUGUGUCCAUCAGAACUGCGCAUGACGUUAUUGUAUUCAAUUUUGAAAAAGAACAAACAGAAGAAAGUGAUGGUAUUCUUCUCAACUUGUAUGUCCGUUAAAUAUCAUCACGAACUCUUCAAUUACAUAGAUCUACCUGUCAUGUCUAUUCAUGGCAGGCAACAGCAAAAAAAGCGAACCACUACUUUCUUCGAAUUCUGCAAUGCUGAAUCAGGGAUUUUAUUAUGUACGGAUGUUGCUGCAAGAGGUCUCGACAUUCCAGCAGUCGAUUGGAUAGUCCAAUAUGAUCCACCAGAUGACCCUAAGGAAUACAUACAUAGAGUUGGUAGAACAGCUCGAGGUCUCGGAACAAGCGGGCGUGCGGUACUUUUUUUACGCCCUGAAGAACUGGGAUUUAUAAGAUACUUGAAAAAGUCCAAGGUCACCCUCAAUGAAUAUAAAUGCCUUUGGAAUAAAGUCGGUAAUAUACAGCCACAGCACGAAAAACUAAUAUCCGGAAACCAUUUCCUCAACCAGUCUGCUAAAGACGCCUUAAAAAGUUACUUACGAGCUUACGACUCUCAUCAUCUCAAAGUCAUAUUCAAUAUCGACACUAUAGAUUUGGCGAAGGUUUCAAAGUCUUUCGGAUUCGCUGAGCCACCAGCAGUGGAAUUGAAAGUAGCUAAAAAAGGUCCACCGGUGAAAGGAAAAGGUGGUGGCGCCUACGGAAAUUUUAAUUCUUUAAAUGCAACAAGUUACAAGAAUAAAACUGGAAAAAGGAAAACCUAUACGCAAAAAGGUGGAAACACAAAAAAAUAUGGUUAAUUAUUAUUAUAGUUUCUUUAUAAGAUGUAAAUAAUACAACCGUUAUUUUUACUUAUUGUUUUAUUUAUAAAAUAUCUCAAUGAUUCAUGAUUUAUAUUUAUUAAAGUAUUUAUAA